AUGGAAGACUCAUCGUUCUCGCGCCUUCCUCUUGAACUCCGCGAACAGAUCAUAGGCUACAUUAUUCCGACCGACAACAAGACAAGCAAUGAUUGCGUACAAUGGCGGGUCAGGGCUUACUCUUAUGAAUCUGCGCAGCGUCUGUUACUAUGGCUGGCCCGCCGUUACGCCGUGUUGGCCACUUGCCAUGAGCUCCAGAGUCUGGGUGUGCGUGUUCAUCUGCGGCGUCAAGAGUAUGUCUGGAAAUGCUCUCUACUACCACCAAGCGCGAGGGCAGAGACCAUGGAUAGGAACAAAGUGAUUUUCUGGAGCUUGCCAUCGCUACAGUCACGAGGGUAUAUCAACAGUAUUGGUGGUGUGGGAGCUAUAACAACAGAUGACUACCUGCAUCGUGAGCGAUGGGAUGUGAACGACGGUCCACGCGCAACACGCUAUCCGAACUGGGGCGAUAAUCCUCUUGAGCUCUUCUCACUUUACAAAGAAGCAGCUUACAUUGCCUCCAAGCUGCGUCAGCAACAACUGGAUAGAGGACUGGAGCACAGACAGUUGUUCAUGAGACACAGUUAUCGUCUGCAACCUCUCACUGACGGUAAUGCAUUCCGACCAGUCAAGAAAGCGUUACGAGGAACCUGGAAGCGCGACACAAUGGAGCUUACGAUAGACAUGCUGGACGAAGCAACAUCUAUCCGUCGCAUGGAAACAGGAAUGGCGUUGCUUCACGUCGAACAUCGCGAGAAGAUUGAAGCCAUUCAAAAGGAGAUCAGCCGACAGGAAGCCCUGCCUUAUCGAGAAAGGAGCAAAGACUUUGAUGAGGAAGAACCAUUUUUUAUCGAGUAUCUCUGCGAAAUGGACAUGAAGUAUGGCUCAUGGUGGCAACGAGUCAAGAGGUUCCAUGAGGGAUUGAUCAAAGUGGCCAUGCUGGGGUACAGAAUGGACUACCGGGAUGUCGAUGACCAUCUAGACGAGGUCAAAGCCAGAUUGCCGCAGGAUAUCUCUCAGGACUACCUAGCUGGGAAUCUGGUGGUGGAUGCAAUUGCAGAUAUGGUGAAUGCGAUCAAGCCGUAUGAGAUCGAUUGUGACCAUUGGGCCAAAUCUCCGACUUCUUGA